GCCAACAUAUGUGGGUGUUUUUUUAAGGUUAUGUUGUUUAAUUUUUUGUGUGAUACAUGUGUUAGAAUUCAUACUGACCAAACAUUUUUCUCGUCACUGAUUGUGAAUUUACACUAAUAGUUAAAAUGCAGCACGAUGACGUUGUGUGGGCCAUUAUAAAUAAAACACACUGUUCGCAUAAAGUAACUACAAAGACUCAGCAGUUUUGUCGGAAUGAGUACAACUUGACCGGUCUAUGUAGUAGAUCUUCAUGUCCACUUGCCAACAGCAAAUAUGCUACAAUAAGAGAAGAAAAUGGCAUUAUUUAUUUGUAUAUGAAGACAGCUGAGAGAAUAAUGUUCCCAGCAAAACAAUGGGAGAAAGUGAAACUGUCCAGAAACUUUGAGAAGGCAAUACAUCAAAUAAAUGAAAACUUAUUGUACUGGCCUGCAUUUAUUAAAGCUAAAUGCAAACAAAGAUUUGUGAAGAUAACACAGUAUUUGAUACGUAUGAGAAAACUCAAAUUGAGGAGAGUGAAAGAAUUAGUACCAAUACAGCGUAAGAUAGAAAGACGGGAGAGAAGAAGAGAAGAGAAGGCUUUAGUUGCUGCCAGAAUAGAUAAUGCAAUAGAAAAGCAAUUGCUAGAGAGAUUAAAAAAAGGCACUUACAAUGACAUCUACAACUUCCCACAAAUGGCAUUUGAUGCUGCACUAAAAGCAGAAGAGAUAUCUGAUGAAAGCGAAUCUGAAAAGGAAGAUGAAGAUGAAGUGGAGAGAGAAAUUGAACCAGAGUUGGAAAGGGAACUGGAGAAGGCAGUCGAACAAACUGAUGAGUUUGUUGAGGCUGACAGUGAUAUCGACAGUGCUGAGGAGAGUGAUUCUGGAAGGAAAGAAAAUGUUGAUGUCAACAGUGAUUUUGAGUCUGAAACUUCUGAUAUCGAGGACGUGGCGGAAUCGGUACUGAGAAAGAAAAAGCCUCGCGUUGAAAUUGAAUAUGAAACGGAGUCCGUCGCUAGCGUUUCUAAAAAGAAAUUAAAGCAUUGACAGAAAUAAAUUUGUUUUUUUAU